AUGUUCUACGAGCUCAAGGAUUGGAGCUCGGUCGCGUCGACUGACCGAUCGCACCCGCUGAUUUUCGAGACCGACCGCAAACCGUGCUACAUCAUGGCCGACGUGGGCCACUCGCAGCAGGACGACAGGUUUCUCGAGAACCUGCUAAAACUGUGCGAUCUCACCGGCCUGCGCCAAAAAUACUAUCAAGACGUGGUCAGAAAACAGGUAAGAGAAGAACUGCUGCUGAAAAGCAUGUUUUUGAGACUCGCCUCAAAAGUACGCGGAGACUCCUACGUGGACUCGCGAGUGGACAAGUACAUCAGAGCAAAAGGAAUUCUCACCCCUGGAAAGUACCCAAUUGUCCAAAAACCGAUCUUGAAGAGGGUCGAGUGCAACGAUCUGGGGCUCAAGUACAAUUUCGAGAUGGAGGCGCUGGAGAUUGAAAACCAAGAAAGACUCAAGCAGGAGGCAAUGGACGCAGACAUUCUGUAUCUGGAGGCUCCAAAUAAGGGCAAGUUAUACAUCAGGAAAGUAAAGCGUCUGGUGGAUACAGAUUCUCCUUUUCUCAAGGAAGCCUGCAGCGCACGCAUCCGGAGACGCACCCAGUAUUUCGACAGGCUCCUUGGAGAGAAACACCAGAGCUUUGACGAGUUUGAGUACCGGCUGCUGAAUCAGCCGAUCCGCGACUACAUCAAGUGA